AAAUUAAGUCAAAAUAAAUUUUUUAAGAUUAAAGUAAAUCUUCGAGAAUCUGUUGAAACCAUGAAUCAAUACUGCGCAUUGAGCGUCACAAAGCCCGUUUUAUGUGUGGGCAGUUUGUCCAUGGAUUUGAUUUCCAUAUGUAAUAAUUUACCAGAGGAGGGCGUGGAUCAAACCUGUUUGGAAGUCCAUUGGCAACGCGGUGGCCAUUCGAGCAUUGUGAGCUUUGUCCUCAGUCUCCUGAGCGCCCAAUCGGAGUUUCUUGGCAUAUUGAGUCGUUCGCAGCUUUUAAAUGCGAUCAUUACGGAAAUGCAGGGAAGGGCCAUUAAUUUGGAGCAUUGCCCCAAGACUGAUGAGGAUCCGGGCUUCUCCACCAUUAUGGUGGCCAAAAAGACGGGCUUACGUGCCGUCAUCCACUGCAAUAGAAACUUUCCCUAUUGCAGCUUUGAGGACUUUCAGAAACUUGACCUCAGCAUUUUUGGUUGGGUUCACUUCGAGGCUCGUCAAGUCCGGGAAACUGUGCAAAUGAUGAGAGCCGUCUUAGAUUAUAACAAUGGCAAAAAGGAUCGCAUUCUAAUGUCGCUGAGGGUGAACUCCUGCUAUAAGGAGAACAGGGAUCUCUUCGAUAUGUGUGAUUAUGUGCUCUUCUCCCGGCAACUCGCUAUGCAACUGGGUUGGCAAUCGGCAAGGCAAACUUGCCACCAAUUGGAUGCCGACCUGCGAUUGCCACGUUCCAUAAAAAUGCACAGACCAUGCUUCAUUUGCUCCUGGGGUCCCCAAGGUGCGGGUUGCCUGACAGGCAAUGGGAUCUACCACGAGAUGCCGCCCUACAUUGCCAAGCGAGUAGUGGAUACUCAUGGGGCAGGGGCAUGCUUCACGGCCGCUUUUAUCUAUGCCACCUACAUCAGGAAAAUGAAUCUUUCAGAUGCUGUAGAAUUUGCCAAUCGUGUGGCCGGCCAUAAGAUAUCCGACUACGGCUAUAAUCAUAUAUCCAAGCUCAAUAUUUAUCCCAUAGAUGUUGUCAAUCCCGAGGACGUUCUAUCCGCCCAUGUCUCCGAGGAUAGCGAGGCCGAAGAAGUCAUCUGCAGAAAGUAUCUUAAUCGCCGUAUAAACUACUCUGAUGGCAAAUACUCAACCCGUUUACUAAAUGAAUUCAUCCCUGGUCCACCAUCCACAGACAGUCUAAAUAGUGACGAGGACUUAGAUAGGGAAACCAGAAACGAAAUAUCACACUUAUCGGCAAGUCGCUCAAUAUCGACAAAUUCACACUCAUGGAAACUCAAUAUACAAUUCAAACCGAAAAAAAUCUAAUAUGUAGUUCGAUUUAUCUUUAAUAUAGUAUACGUGUUUUAUAUACAAAAUA